GGACAGUCAAGCUUUCACAGAUAAACUAAGGAGGGAGGGAUAUUGCAGCACCUCGAAGCUAGUUCAAACUAGUGGGAGGUUGUCUGCAGAGAAGCACACACAAAACACAGCAAUCAAAACAAAAAAAGAAAAAGAACAGUAGAACUUGUAGAUAUAUAUAUAUAUAUAUAUAUUGUUAUGGCUAGAGGAAAGGUUCAGAUGAAGAGGAUCGAAAACCCGGUGCACAGACAAGUCACCUUCUGCAAGCGCCGAGCUGGGCUUCUUAAGAAGGCUAAGGAGCUCUCUGUGCUUUGUGAUGCUGAAAUUGCUGUUCUCAUUUUCUCUGCCAAUGGCAAGCUCUACGAACUCUCCACUAAAGGAACCAUGCAAGGGCUUGUUGGGAGGUACAUGAAAUCAACCGGAGACACUCAGGCCGACCACGAUGAAGAAAAGCAAGUUAUGGACUCAAAAGAGGAGAUCAACAUGCUGAAAAAUGAAAUUGAAUUUCUGAAGAAGGGACUCAGGUUUAUGUCUGGAGGGGGAGUUGAAGCAAUGACACUAGACGAGUUACACAUGCUUGAAAAACAUCUUGAAAUUUGGAUUUACCAUAUCCGCUCAGCAAAGAUGGACAUCAUGUCUCAAGAGAUCCAAUUAUUGAAGACUAAGGAGGGGAUACUGAAUGCAGCUAACAACUAUCUUCAAGAAAAGAUAGAUGAGCAAUAUGGGACAACUAACUAUGAACCGGUGAUUACUAAUCCACACCCACUAACAAUACAGAAUGAAAUAUAUCAAUUCUGAUAUAUCGAUUUUAAGGAUUAUGCACUGAGGAGGUUGUACGAAAUUAAUAAUUAGUUAAACAUGUUAUUGUGAGUUGUGGUGUUCUUAAUAAUCUCACUAGCCUAUGAUUUGUAGAAUUACCGAACG